ACCAUGCAUCCUCCUCUCUCCUCCUCCUCCUCCUGCUCUCUGCUUGUCCAUUACCAUUCCAGGGUCCCUUUAUCAAGCAGAGCGUUCUUGCUGCAAAGCCGGGAACCUUAAAAGCUGUGUUACUUCCUUGCGGACUUUGGAGACAGGACAAAGCUGUUUGCCCGAUCUGAGGACAGCUGCCAGAUCACAAGCUGCUGCUGCUUCUGUUGGGAUGCGGAUCUUUGCAGGACCUGUGUAGAGCCGCUUGAUUCCUCUAAAAGUUGCAGGAAGACGCACUUCAGUCAAGGAUCUCAUCCCUGCCUCGUCCUGACAUCCCAUGUGUGUGGUGUCAGACCGGCUCCUCGUCUCAGCACUUCACGCACUGACCGGGACUGCGGGAUUGUUAUGUCCAAUUUUUGAGAUAACCUCAGCUUGAGAUUCCUGUCCCUGAAGAAACUGAACAGAACCUCUUGCUCCACCUCAGUCCUGCCUCUGAUUUGUGCAUGAGAUUCAGCAGCACCGGGUAGAGCUGGCCUGGACCACUGACGUCCAGCCUCAAAAAAACAAGGACAAAAAGAACUUCCAGAGACAGAAGGGAGAGAAAAAACACUGUCAGGUACUUUAAGGACCUCAAACAAACACUCGCCUGUCUUGGAGCUCUAGUGGCCUUAGCCGACAACCAUGCAGGUGUCCUUUGCAUGUACGGACCACGGUCUGAAGGCCCCACGUAACGGCGAGCACAGCAAGCAGAACGCCACCAGCCCCAAUACAGCCAGCCAGGCCCGAACGCGCUUCCGCACCGUGGCCCUGAUAGCUCGAAGCCUGGGCUCCUUCACCCACCGCUACCACCAUAACCUCAAGGAGUCCACUGCCAAGCUCACAGGCAUGAAGUACCGGAACCUUGGGAAAUCUGGACUGCGUGUCUCGUGUCUGGGGCUCGGCACAUGGGUAACAUUUGGAGGUCAGAUCUCUGAUGAGGUGGCGGAGCAGCUGAUGACCAUCGCCUACGAGAGCGGGGUCAACCUGUUCGACACAGCUGAGGUCUACUCGGGGGGGAAAGCAGAGAUAAUCCUGGGAAACAUCAUCAAGAAAAAGUGCUGGAGGAGAUCCAGCCUGGUGAUCACCACAAAGCUCUAUUGGGGAGGAAAAGCAGAGACAGAGAGAGGCCUCAACAGAAAACACAUCAUUGAAGGCUUAAGGGGCUCCCUCCAGAGGAUGCAACUUGAGUAUGUGGACGUGGUUUUUGCCAACCGGCCAGACGGCAACACUCCCAUGGAGGAGAUCGUAAGAGCAAUGACACAUGUGAUCAACCAGGGGAUGUCCAUGUACUGGGGGACAUCACGGUGGUCCGCUAUGGAGAUCAUGGAGGCGUAUUCUGUGGCCAGGCAGUUUAAUCUCAUUCCACCUGUAUGUGAGCAGGCUGAGUACCAUUUCUUCCAGAGGGACAAAGUGGAAACUCAGCUACCAGAGCUCUACCAUAAGAUAGGUGUGGGUGUGGUCUCUUGGUCCCCUCUGGCCUGUGGAAUCAUCACUGGAAAGUAUGAAAACGGCAUCCCAGAAUCCUCCAGGGCGUCGAUGAAGCCAUACCAGUGGUUGAGGGAGAAAAUAACGAGUGAAGAUGGAAGAAAACAACAAGCCAAGCUGAAGGAACUGACGCAUAUUGCAGAGAAGCUUGGAUGUACUUUGCCACAGCUAGCCAUAGCCUGGUGCCUGAGGAACGAGGGAGUGAGCUCAGUGCUGCUGGGAUCAUCUAAUCCGACGCAACUAACAGAGAAUCUGGGAGCAAUUCAAGUUAUUACAAAGAUGACGGCAGGCAUCGCCACAGAGGUUGAUCAUAUUCUGGGAAAUCGUCCUCACAGUAAAAGGGACUACCACCAUUAGGAUGAACCCCCCCUCAAUAGUAAACUAUGCUCCAAAAGCUUCUGAAAGUUCACUCCUCACAGCCAUGGCACCAUAAACAUGUGCCCAACUUUCCUUGUGUGCUUGUACGACUGUGUGUGUGUGUGUGUGUGUGUGUGUGUGUGUGU